AUGGCCCUGGACGGUGAGCGGGGGGAGCAGGAGGAGGAGAAGAAAAAGAAGAAGAAGAAAAAGAAGAGGAAGAAGAAGGAGGAGGAGGAGGAGGGGGCUGAGAAGAGCAGCUCACCCUUCGCGGCCACGAUGGGCGAAGAGGACGCCGCGCUCCGGGCAGGCGGCAGGGGGCUCUCGGACCCGUGGGCAGACUCGGUGGGAGUACGACCCCGCACCACCGAACGCCACAUCGCUGUGCACAAACGGCUUGUACUGGCCUUUGCCGUGUCCAUCGUGGCUCUGCUGGCCGUCACCAUGCUCGCGGUGCUGCUCAGCCUGCGCUUCGACGGGUGUGGGGCCAGCGCCGACGGUGGCCUCGCGGGCUUCCCGGAGCAAGGCGGCAACGCUAGCCUCCCGGGAUCGGCCCGGCGCAACCGCCCGAGGGGCGAGGACUCCUCGCAGCCCGAGGCGAACGGGGUGGUCACUCCGGGGACCCCUUCCGCCCAGCCGCGGCCGCCGUCGGAGGAGGAGGAGGAAGAGGAAGAACCGGAGCAGCGGCAGCAGCCGUGGACACAGCUGCGCCUGUCGGGCAACCUCAAGCCACUGCACUACAAUCUGAUGCUCACCGCUUUCAUGGAGAACUUCACCUUCUCCGGCGAGGUCAACGUGGAGAUCGCGUGCAGGAACGCCACCCGCUACGUCGUGCUACACGCCUCCCGGGUGGCGGUGGAGAAGGUACAAGUGGCCGAGGACCGCGCGGCCGGGGCUGUACCAGUGGCCGGCUUUUUCCUCUAUCGUCCCACCCAGGUGUUGGUGGUGGUGCUGAACAGGACCCUGGACGCGCAGAGGAAUUACAACCUGAAGAUCAUCUACAACGCCCUCAUUGAGAACGAGCUCCUGGGCUUCUUCCGCAGCUCCUACGUGCUCCACGGGGAGAGAAGAUUCCUUGGUGUUACCCAGUUUUCACCUAUACAUGCCAGGAAAGCAUUUCCUUGUUUUGAUGAGCCAAUCUACAAGGCCACUUUCAAAAUCAGCAUCAAGCACCAAGCAACCUAUUUAUCUCUAUCCAAUAUGCCAGUGGAAACCUCUGUGUUUGAGGAAGAUGGAUGGGUUACGGAUCACUUUUCACAGACCCCACUCAUGUCCACGUAUUAUUUAGCCUGGGCAAUUUGCAACUUCACGUACAAAGAAACUACUACCAAGAGUGGAGUUGUGGUACGUCUAUAUGCAAGACCUGAUGCUAUCAGAAGAGGAUCCGGGGAUUAUGCUCUCCACAUCACAAGGAGAUUAAUAGAAUUUUAUGAAGACUACUUUAACGUGCCCUAUUCCUUGCCAAAACUAGAUCUUCUAGCUGUGCCUAAGCAUCCGUAUGCUGCUAUGGAGAACUGGGGACUGAGUAUUUUUGUGGAGCAAAGAAUACUGCUGGAUCCCAGUGUUUCAUCUAUUUCUUAUUUGCUGGAUGUCACCAUGGUCAUUGUUCAUGAAAUAUGUCACCAGUGGUUUGGUGACCUUGUGACACCUGUGUGGUGGGAAGAUGUGUGGCUGAAGGAAGGUUUUGCUCACUACUUUGAAUUCGUUGGUACAGACUACCUCUACCCUGGUUGGAAUAUGGAAAAGCAAAGGUUCCUGACGGAUGUUCUACAUGAAGUGAUGUUACUUGAUGGUUUGGCCAGUUCUCAUCCAGUGUCCCAAGAAGUGCUUCAGGCCACAGAUAUUGACAGGGUGUUUGACUGGAUUGCGUAUAAAAAGGGUGCUGCUUUAAUUAGAAUGCUGGCGAAUUUUAUGGGCCAUUCAGUUUUUCAACGGGGUUUGCAAGAUUAUUUAACCAUUCAUAAGUAUGGCAAUGCAGCCAGAAAUGAUCUCUGGAACACAUUGUCAGAGGCUUUGAAAAGGAAUGGAAAAUAUGUUAAUAUUCAAGAAGUGAUGGAUCAGUGGACACUCCAGAUGGGCUAUCCUGUCAUUACCAUCUUGGGAAAUACAACAGCUGAAAAUAGAAUAAUAAUUACCCAACAGCAUUUUAUUUAUGACAUAAGUGCUAAAACUAGAGCUCUUGAACUUCACAAUAACAGCUACCUGUGGCAGAUUCCAUUGACUAUUGUGGUCGGAAAUAGAAGCCAUGUGUCUUCAGAAGCAAUUAUUUGGGUAUCUAAUAAAUCAGAACACCACAGAAUAACUGCUUUGGACAAAGGAAGCUGGCUUUUGGGGAACAUCAAUCAAACUGGGUACUUCCGAGUCAACUACGACCUGAGGAACUGGAGAUUAUUAAUUGAUCAAUUAAUCAGAAACCAUGAGGUUUUCUCUGUCAGUAACCGAGCAGGUUUGAUCGAUGAUGCCUUCAGUCUAGCCAGGGCUGGCCAUUUGCCUCAGAAUAUUCCCCUGGAGAUUAUCAGAUACUUGUCCGAGGAGAAGGAUUUUCUUCCGUGGCAUGCUGCCAGCCGGGCUCUUUAUCCUCUAGAUAAAUUACUGGACCGCAUGGAGAACUACAAUGUCUUCAAUGAAUAUAUUUUAAAGCAAGUUGCAACAAUGUACAUCAAGCUUGGAUGGCCGAAAAAUAAUUUUAAUGGAUCUCUUGUGCAAGCAUCAUAUCAACAUGAAGAGCUACGUAGAGAAGUUAUAAUGCUGGCAUGCAGCUUUGGCAACAAACACUGCCACCAACAAGCAUCAACACUUAUUUCAGAUUGGAUUUCCAGCAACAGGAACAGAAUACCACUGAAUGUUAGAGACAUCGUCUACUGUACAGGAGUGUCACUACUGGACGAGGAUGUCUGGGAAUUCAUAUGGAUGAAAUUCCAUUCCAGCACGGCAGUUUCUGAGAAGAAAAUAUUAUUGGAAGCCUUAACUUGCAGUGAUGACAGAAAUUUAUUAAACAGACUUCUAAAUCUAUCACUGAAUUCUGAAGUGGUACUUGAUCAAGAUGCAAUUGAUGUCAUAAUCCAUGUGGCUCGAAAUCCACAUGGCCGAGAUCUUGCCUGGAAGUUUUUCAGAGACAAAUGGAAGAUAUUAAAUACCAGGUAUGGAGAAGCAUUAUUUAUGAAUUCUAAACUGAUCAGUGGAGUUACGGAAUUUCUUAAUACUGAGGGUGAACUUAAAGAGCUAAAGAACUUCAUGAAGAGUUACGAUGGGGUAGCUGCUGUUUCUUUCUCACGAGCUGUGGAAACAGUGGAAGCCAAUGUGCGCUGGAAAAUGCUUUAUCAAGAUGAGCUAUUCCAAUGGUUAGGGAAAGCUCUGAGACACUAGUGUGUGUCGCUUAUGAACGACAACUCAAGUCGGAAUUUUUUGAGACAACCUGCUUUAUGUAGAGCUAGAAAAAUGUGCUCUGUAUAAAAUGGCCAGAUUUUCAGUGCUAAUGUAUGGGGUGGGGGUUGUUCAUUUAUUUUUUGUUUUAUUACAACAGGAGGAUAACUUUUAUUUAUUUCAUUUAAUCUGUUUUGUUUCUCCACUGGGUGUUCUUCUCUAAACAGACUCUCGCAAGUGAAACUAGCCGUGGUUGCUUCAGCUGUACAUUCCUUGCUGCACAGGACCAAAUAUGAUAAUGGUGCAUGUCUGUAAUGCAGUCAGUUUGGGACAACAUAAUCAGAAUAUGCUGUGCAUGGAUGUGUGGUCCUUCCUGUGUUCAAGCAUGCUUAAUGUUGUAUGUGAAUCUAUGUUACAUCCAGGUUGGGCAUUAUGCAAAAGCACAAAGAUUAUCUAUGACAAUCACUGUUGCAAUGAAAGAAAAUCAGACAAGAUUACAUUCUCAGUCCUGGACAAUGACAGAGGCAAAGCAACCCUUGAAGUGAUCAGUGCUACUUACUUCAACACUUGGAUUGUAAGACGAUGA